AUGGCGAAGAAGAAUUCCAGCAAAUCUUACCAGAGAGUCCAGGAGGCCAGGGCAAGAUCUCGCGCCAUGGCCGGCAGUGCCAGGGUAACUAGCUCCUCUCUUCCUCCUCCUCCUCCUCAAACUUUGGGGACCCCUUCUCGGCCUAUUGUUAUUUCCUCCUCGGCUUCUUCUCAGCCGCCCCCUCCCCCCCGACCUUCUCCUGAGCCAGAGAAGAAGAAGCGUAAGAAUUUAGAGUCUUCCUCUUCUUUUGAAGGUGAGGCUAAGGUGGAUGCUCCUGCAUUUGUCCAGAAACACAUCUAUCCCCAUACCCGUAUAGGUAUGGAUGAUGUUUCUGUCCGGAACCACCUCACUAUUCUGGCUCAGGAGAGUGUCAGGGCGGCGGCGGUGUGUACCAAGUUUCUUGAUGUUUUUGAGAAGACUCCUCUUAGCUCUCUGGGUUCAACUUUGAGGGUUGAAGAGUUGGAGGAAAGGCUUCUCAUAUAUCAGAAACAUGAGAAGGAGUUGAAGGAGGAGGUCACUAAAUUGAGGGAGGAGAGGGAUGAUCUUCGGGAGAAGGGGAGCAAGUUACAAGCCCAAUGCAAUAUGGAGGAGGGCUUGAGGAAGAAGGCGUAG